GAGACACCAACAGUUCACCGUUGGCUAACUAGCCGAGAAGUCGCGAAGGAGCCCACGAGGCUCAAUAAGCUUCUGCACUAGUACGAGUAUUUUUUUUUGUUGUUAAUGUUAUCGCUGUUAAUAUUUUAACAUAUUAAUUGAUGAUAAUAACAAUAAUAAUUAUUAUUUAUUGAAAGAGUUAAAGUGCUGAAAUAUUAAAAAUGAGUUCAAGUACUUUGUUGGGUUCUAUAAAUUCAUUAUUAAAAUGUUGAUAGUGAAGUGGGGAUUAUUUGAAGUGUGAAUAAUAUUGUUAAUAAUUAUUUUCUUUUUUUAAAAAACGACUAUAUAUUUUUAAAAUGAUUUUUGUCGCUUCUUCGUGUAUUAUUGUUUUUUUCACGAUUAUUAUUACGACAAUACCGGCUAUUUUUACAUCACCUGCUCCAGAUUAUCUGCACAGUUUAGCCAACUACGAUUUCCCAGAUUUCGAUAAAAAAUCCCCGAAGAGCAACGAAAGCAAUCAAGUAUCUCAAAAAUAUGAAUCAAGAAGCGAUGAAUCACCUCAAGAGGAGCAAACAAUCUCCGUCAUUGACUUCGAGUCCGAGCUGAGGGAAAGGGGAAUGGACAAUGGAAAUAAAGACGGCGAUCAUGAUUUAGACGUAGACAAGCACAGUCCAUUGGACCCUUGGUCAAUAGUCUGGUACAUAGGAUCAUUUGGUGGAUUAGUGGCAUUUUUUCUGAUCGUAAGCUGCUCUGAAUGGUGCUGCAGACGUGGAGCACGUACACUAGGUACACCUUACGGCGUGCCACGUUCUGGAGAAGCUGUUAAUUCUAGUCGUGGAGUUACCGAGACACCACCUCCGCCUUAUCAUCUAUUUGCACCGCCUCCGUACGAUUCAGUAAACUACGCUGACCUAGUGGACAAAGCGUCGGGCGAGAAGCUGAAUAUUUAUGUCAUCUCAGUCCCAGUUCAAUCCAAUAUUCCUGUAUAGCCUCCGACGGCGUAAGAUUUAUCUAUCUUAUAAGUCUAAUUAUAAUCACAAUAUAAAUACUAAUUAUAAUGGUAAGAAUAAGUCUUUAUAAGGAAUUCGGCAAUGAUCCACUUGGACUUUUAUUUCUAUUUUUAUUUAAUUUAAUGUUUUAGUCCAUUGGAUCCAAUACUUUCUAGAAAACUGUCAGAAAUUAUUGACAAUUUUGGUGAUUUUAUGUAUAUUUAUGUAUAUUUUAGAGGUUGUAUCAAACUAUAUCUUUUUUGACGUUACAAGUGCAAACUUGUGCCGCUAGAUGGCUUAAUAAGACCAUACUAUACAUUUUAUUCUCACAAGUAUAGUUAUUUAAUUU